UCUCUCUCUCUCUCUCUCUCACUCACUCACUCACUCACCCAGCCCUAAUCCCCUGUCUCUCUGGAAGUGCAGUGACCCAUUGAAGUACUGACCCAAAUCAUCAAUGAAGCUCUGAAAAACAGUUCAAGCUCAAUCAUUUUGGUUGUCUAUUCCUUCUUGUUAAGUAUGGAAUUUGCCGAGAGAAUGACGCCCCGGCUUUGUACUCGAGCCGACACUUUGGAGCUGAAAUCAGAAAUUGAGAGGAGGCUCGGACAAUGGAAUGCUGAUAAAUACUUUUCACUCCUCGCCAGAUUUCUCAGUCUCAAAUUGCAGAAACGCGAAUUCGAUAGACUCUGCAUCGCUACCAUAGGCAAAGAAAACGUGAUGCUUCACAAUCAUCUGAUCAGAUCAAUCAUCAAGAAUGCUCGUAUUCCCAAGACAAAGACGGCCCCACUGGAGAAUAAAAAGGAAGACUCGAAGAUUGCUAGAGUAUCCAAUGGGCUAUGCAGAGAUAUUCCCAGAUCACCACAAAAAGGAAGGACCCCAAGUCUCCGUGAUCGAAAAUUCAAGGACCGUGGGCUACCUUUCCUUGGGCCUCACAGGAAGGACUACACAGUUAAAUGUAAUAAUUCGACGAUUAAACUGCAAGAACAGCAUAGUGCGAUUGAGUUGCUUUCUCCGGGUAGUAGACCCCCAAGUUCAGAGGAAGAUGGAGAAGAAGUCGUUCAAUCCCUUGGAAACUCAAGUUUUUGUAAUUGGAAACCUAUCAGAGCUCCAAUGGUAAUUCCAAAUGUGAUCAACACAAGGCCUGGAAGGGCUAAAGUGUCAUUUAGUGACUCGGGUUUUCUGCCCAGUACGGGCACUUUCAGAGACAUGCUAGAGCGGAGGUUGGAGGGACUGAAAGUGUCUAUUGAUUGUGCUGAUCUAUUGAAUCGUGGACUCGACAUCUUUCUGAAAGGACUGAUGAGGCCCUGUUUGAUGCUGGCCAGUUCGAGGGCACGGAACAAGUAUAAGGGUCGAGAAAGCCGCCAGAGCUUGAUCGGACUUAACAGUGAUGUCCCCAUUGGAUGCAUAGAGAAACCAAAGAGGUUAAUAUCAGCGUCUAUUGUGGACUUCCGGGUCGCGGUGGAGUCCAAUCCCACAUUGCUCGGAAAAGACUGGCCCAUUCAGCUUGAAAAGGUUUGCUUGCGAGAAUCAGAAGAAAGAAUUGAAGUUUAUUAGGGAGAAGUCAAUACCACUUAAAGGUCUAGCUGAGAUCCCAAUAGAUAGCGUUUAUACAUAGUUGAGGAGGGGGAAUAUGUGGAUUCAUUAGACUAGGAUGAUUUAUCUGUAUAUAUUUUGGUUCUGGUAAAUCUUCGUCGAGAAAUUGUUGACUUGUUAAUGAAUAGAAUAGUGGUUCUUAACAGGGGCUAGACUGUUUGAAGGAAUUAAACUGUUGAAAUCUGCCACAGCUAUAUUCACUUGAUCGGUUUAUUUUAUUUCA